AUGUCACAGAAUACUUUUCAGGUAUUGGAGCACGUGAUACCGUGUCAGUACGUCCGAGAGUAUCCCAACGCCAUAAAAUAUAAGAAUGCUCAAUUGAGGCUUGCCAUCAAAGAAUAUAAGCCUCUCGGCAUUGCCAAGUUCUCUCCAAAUGCUGUCACGAUCAUUGCUGCACACGCAAAUGGUUUCCCAAAAGAGUGUUACGAACCGCUCUUUGAGGACCUGCUCCGCAGCAGUAGGGGAAGAAUCAGGUCAAUAUGGAUCGCCGACGCCUCGCAUCAAGGAGCUAGCGGAGUCCUGAACGAAGACAUUCAGGGAGAUGAGCGACUUGCCCUGAUUGAACCAGUGAUUCAGCCGCAUCCUCCUAGAAAUCCUUCUGCCACGCUACCUACAAGCUAUCGUCAGGACCUAUGGCCUUCUCGAGCCGUAGCACAGGCGGCAUUCCGGAAGAACAAGUUCUUCAAAAUAUGGGACCCGCGAGCACUUGACCAAUACGUUUCCUACGGAUUACGAGAAACACCUACAGCACUUUAUCCAGCACCCGUAUUCAAUGGGGGAGAGAAUCCGCAAUCACCAGAGCGACCUGUCACGCUUACCACGACAAAGCAUCAGGAAGCUUGGACAUAUGUGCAUUCGAAUUUCAUAUCCGUGUUAGAUCCAGACAAAGCGCGAAAGGUAGCACCAAACCUGAGUGCUGAGGAUGCAGAGUAUUUCAUUCACAACCCAAAUAUGAUCGUCACAUACAACAACUUGCCGCAUGUGCGACCGAAUGUUUUCUGGAUGUUUGGAAAGACCAGUCAAAUCAAUUACGACGCUUCCAUGCGAGAUGAGAAAGUGGCGCGCACAGGUACCGGUGUCGGAGGGAACGGUGGUACUCAAAGAGGUAGGGUAGAGAAGAAGGUAUUUGAAUGCGGACACAUGCUGCCAUUCGAGAAGAUUGAUGAAUGUGCCUCGGCACUCGCUUCUUGGCUUGAGAAACAAAUUCAUGACUUUGAGGCCACUGAAGAGUUCUGGAAAACCUUUGACAGUCGAAGAUCGGAACGAGAUAGGCUUGCGGUCUCCAAGACUUGGCUCGAUAUCGUCAAAAUGGAUGUUCUCACGAAGAGGGCUGACAAGCCAAAACUGUGA